AUGCCGGGUUCCAAGCCUUACCCCGCUCCUUUGGUGGCCGCACCUCUGAAGAGCAACCAAAAUACCCAUACAAUCAUUCUCCUCCACGGGCGCGGCAGCAAUGGUGAGCGCUUUGGCCAGGUCUUCCUCGAGUCCACCGACAUUGCGCGACGUCUCCCAACAGUGAAGUUCGUCUUCCCCACCGCCAGGAAACGUCGGUCCACGGUUCUGAAAAGGAUUCCUAUCAACCAGUGGUUUGACAAUUACUCAUUGGAAGAUCCAAAUACCCGGACAGAGCUACAGUUUGACGGACUCGAGGAAAGUAGUCGCUUUCUGCGCGGGUUGAUUGACGAGGAGGCACGCCUUUUGGAUGGUGAAUACAGUCGCGUCAUCAUCGGAGGAUUGAGUCAAGGCUGUGCGACAUCUAUCUUCUGUCUUCUUGGAGGCUUUCCUGAAGACAAGAUCAAACCGCUUGGCGGAUUUAUUGGAAUGAGCGGGUGGCUGCCUUUGGAACGAGAGAUCUCGGGACUCUUAGAAUCUGGUGGAAGCGAGUCUGACAUGGAAGAUGAUGAUCCUUUCUCUCAUGAUGAUGAAGAGGAUGAGGAUAUCCCUGCGCAUGUCCAGGCGAUCAAUCAUGUCCGGGACGUUCUUAAUAUGCCGGCUUUGCAGCAGUCUUCCCUGUCCUAUGUAGAUAUACCUGUCUUCCUGGGUCAUGGGUUGGCAGACCCUAAGGUGUCGGUGAAACUUGGGCAACGAAUGGCGUCUAUCCUCUCCAAUGGGUUUGAGAUGGAUGUGACCUGGAAAGCGUAUGAAGAGUUUGGACACUGGUAUAAAGUGCCAGACGAGAUUGAUGAUGUUGUGUGCUUUUUGAAGGAAAAGCUUGGGGUUCCGUGCGUCGAUAGACCCGGAGAAAUGUGA